AUUGGUGCGCGUCGUCACGCGGACGCGGCACGCGGCGUCGGCCGUUUCUUUCAAAAUGGCACUGCGGCGCGCGACUAACGGUCACUGAUCCCUCCGCGGUUUGAACGGAGCUGUCGGUGCAGGAGAACAACUCGGUGGCUUUUUAGUCUCAAAGCACAUCACCAGCAAUGCACGGUCGAAGGUUAUAAAUGCUAUGCUGGAAGCUGAAGGCAAUGAGAGCAGAAAUUCUGCGGUGAAGGAGGAGACCUCUGUCAGAAGAGUGGAAGGUUUGCAAAGUGACUGAGCCUAAAGCCAAAAUGGCAUCUGUGAAGGAAAACGUAAGCAAUGGGACUGAAGGCCAAGAGCAGGGAUCACACCAUGAUACAGAGGACGUUGUCAGCCAUCAAUGGGCAGAAUGCCCUUUUGAUACUCCAAAAAGGGCUGCGGUUGGUGAAGCUGCCCGGCCUCUGAGCAACAAGGAGAACGUUUCAUGUAGACCUGUGUCUUUGGGAGACGAGUGCUACUCGACGCCUGUGAGGGCCAAAGGAGAAGAAAAGCCCUAUUGCGGAUUAUCAGAGAAACAGAGGGGAAAAAAUGUUGAUUUUGCAACUGUAACGACUGCUGAUUUUGGGAUUACUCCAGAAAGCUUUGUUAAUGGAUCUACAGCUAAGUCUCCAGCUGCACUAAAGCUGAGACGACGAUCAGCCAUUGGAGCGCGGGGGUCUCCAGAAAACAAUGCCCUCAUUCAAUACCUUGCCCAGCAGAGAAGCAACAGGCAAAAAGAAGCUUCUACACAGGCUAGUCCUUUCCAAUCUGCCAGGUCACUCAAGAGCAAAAUGGAUAUCUUUCAAACAACUUUUAAGUCAGUUCAAGAAGCUGAAGGGAAGACAGGCUUCUCUGGACUCUCACAAGUGACUGAUGCUUCUCAGGAAGAUGGCUGCUUAGCUCAGAACAAAGCACCUGUCACAGAAGAACGCAGUCUGGAUCAGAAGAGUGAAGCUUUAGUCUCUGACUGCAAUGGAGCUGACUUAAAAGAAAAUUUAAGACAGAACUUGACCAAUGGCAAGAAGUCUGGCAGGAGAAUAUGCACCAUCUUGUCUUUACAGCAAGAUGUCAUUGAACCUGCUGUUGUAUCAAAGGAAUGGACCUACAAGCAAGACAAUCAUACUGAGUAUUCAGAGGCUGUUCUAAUUAGAGAUAUCUUAGAAACAAGCUAUGAUUUCGGUCCAGACUGUAUCAGUAAAGAAGUUAAAAGUAAUGUCAUAUCAGAUCAAAGCAGGAAAAAAGUUAAUUUUGCAGAAGAACUCAUUGUGGGGAUAUAUGAUGAAAGCAAGCCACCUGUCACACCGCUACAAACGAGAAAUGCUUCGUUAAGUGAAGCCACACAGAGUGGCUCGCAGCUGCGAUCUGUAUUGAAGAAAACACCAGUGAAGCAACUGAUGGACUGCAUGAAGGAAUACUCAAACAAUACUGUUCACAGAGGAAGAAGUGAAUCUUUCACAGUCUCUCACAUCUGUGAAGCACUACAGACAGUAGAGAAGACUGAACAGUACAGCCCCAAAAGGGCAAAGAAGAAAAAAGUGACUUUUGGAGAAGAUCUCAGCCCAGAAAUAUUUGAUAAAACUUUGCCUGCAAAUACUCCGUUGCGCAAAGGAGCGACACCGGUCUGCCGUUCAGGAUCAGAAUGCCACAGCCCUUUUACAAGGGCAGGGCUCAGUGAAGAACCAUUAGCCCAGCCAAACUUUGAUUGCAGUGAUGAAUGUAUCGAGCCUCUUCAGGAGUUACAGGAGGGCUCUGUUGUUUCAGAAAAGCUCUUACCUGUUGAAAAUACAAAGGAAGCAGAAACUGACAAAUCAGACAAGGAAACUACUCGCUCCUCUACUAAAAGGAAGUAUAGCACCAUUUCAGAGGGGACUGAUUGUAGCAUCUCAGGAACAACCAGUACUAAGAAUGCUAAAGACACGAGAAAUCCAAGGAAGAGUGAACCUCAAAGACCAAAGAGUGUGACCGUAUCUGCUGCCAAAAAGAAACAAAAAACAAAACGUGCAACCUUUGGGAAAAGAAGAAAGAGAAAAGUAAAAAAAUCUCUAUAUGGGGAAAGAGAAAUGGCUUCUAAGAAACCUCUUCUGAGCCCUAUCCUUGAGAUUCCAGAAAUUUUCUCUACUACCUCAUCUCCAAAUUCACCAAAGGCAAAUGCACCUUUUCCAGGUCAUUCCACACCUAGGGAAGUUCAUAACGAUGCUCAACAGAAGCAAGUGACUGAAAGAAUGAGAGAGAAAAUCAUCCCUGUUGUUCACAUGUAUCCAUGCUCUAAGGACCUGGAUAUUGUGGAAGGCAGCAGCUCCAAUGAUACAGUAUUUCAGUUUCCAAACGUUGUGCCAGACACAAACAAUGUUUCUGAUGCAGGUGACUGUCUCCAGCAAGCAGAAGAGUCUGCAUGUUUAAAAGAGAAAACAGAAAGUGAUGUCUUGACAGAAAAUGAGAAAUUACAGGGAGAUUUCCCAAAGAAGGAAGAGUGGCUAAUAGGGCUAGACUUUCCAAACCAAAACGACACUGAUGUGCAUGAGAUUCUCCAAAGAACUGAGUGUCCACCUAAAAGGUCAAGAGGUAGACCACCAAGAAGAAGCAGCAGUACUGUGUAUAUUCCUCCUAUUGAAAAGUCUCAUUUUGAAACAACUGGAGAUGAUCUUCAAGUUUCUUCUUUUAAUGUUGAAGAAGUUUUAUCUGCUCCUCAGCCGAAAAAGAACUCCUUAAAAGAGCCUUUCAGAAGAAAGUCUAGUAUGAGCAGUGAAACAAGUAGGGUGAGACGCAGCAUGAGAUUGCAUAAAGAUGCAGAAAUUGAAGGACUUGCAUGGAUUGAAGUAACCAAUGAGAUUCUGCAGAACCCUUCUCUGCUAGCUUCUGCUUGUAGAACCAGGAGAACAAUAAGCACAUCUGUCCUUACAGAAUCUGAGAAUGUUCACCAUAGAGAAGAAAAUCUCAUCCAGUUUGCAGCAUCAGGGAAGGAGAACAGUGAAUCUGUUUGUGUUGCUGGUGGUCCUUGCAAAAGGAGGAGGAAAAGCAUUUGUGUAUCCACACCUCAAGAAACAAGAACUUGGUCUCAAACCAGGAGAACGAGCUUAACAAAUUCUGUAUAUAGGAAAGACAGCAGUAACCAAAUACGCUCUGAAGAAAUGAAGAUACCUCUUCAAGAUAACAUUAACACGUAGUGAGGUUUCAGCUACCUCUCGUUUUCUUAAGUGAAGACAUCAUCAGCUUUUCCCAAGACAAGAACUCCUAAGGCAACUUGAAAGAAGCUUCACUAAUUAAAUGCUGUUCAUCUUGUACUGCUAUAGAAACAUUUCUGAAGUUGUCAAAACAGUCUCCUUGAUGUUUUAUUUUGGGCUUUGUGUCACAAUGAAAUUUUUAGGUUUGGGAUCAAGAUGGCAACGGUUCCUCGGGUUGUUUUGUUGUGAUAGCAGUAUGGUGGCUUACCAGGAGAGGGCACUCUGACAUGAGUUUUGCGGUCAUAACUGAAUUAUUUGGAAAAUGUAGUGUAUAAAGUCUUUGAACAGAUGCUAGCUAAGAUUUAAAAUCUAAAGCUAUGUGACAUCAAAGCUAAAUGAUAGCUGCUACCAACUAACGUUCGGAAAAAUCAAAAUAACAACUAAACUAAGCACUGAAAAUUGUCAAUAUUGGAGAAGUGAAACACUUAUGUACAGUAUUCAGAUAUGACUUUACGUGUGGAAAUCACAUAGCACUUUAAAAUACAGCAGAGCUCUCUAGAGUUGCGGCAGAGAUGUUAAGGUCUACCUGUGAAAUCGCACAACGAGGCAAAUCUUUUGAGGCUGUGGAUGUCUGAGAUUGAAUACCUGCCUUAAACAGUCAGGUCAAGCAGCGAGAUAUCCUGGAGGGAGAGGCAGUAAAUUAGCAUGUAUGAUACUAGAGGGCUUAAUCUGCCUAGAACUUGCUUUUUGUGAUGCUGCUGUCCUAUGCAUCAUUCACAGCAGCAGUGGAAGAGUAUUCUCCUUUGAGAUUUCUUGGGUGGAUGCGUUAAGUGCACUUCAGAUAUGAAGUGUAAAUAAAAUCAGAAGUAGAAGAAUGAGGGUAAAGAGAAGAAAAACAAAGCUUGGAUUUGCCUCCCAGCACAACGUGGUGGAUAAGAAUUGAAUCCCAUGUACUCAAUGGCAGUUUGCCUGGCUUACGUGAAGGUGAGGUUGGAAGCUGUGGAAAAUAAGAAGUUGCAGUAACUGGGUUUAAUCUGGAGAGGACUUGAGAGGAGGCUAGUCCUCAGUUGUGCAGAAGCUUGGAGGAGGAGGUUAAUGGCUGGUUCUCUGUAACUCUAGCAAAUGGUACAAUAAAUGUUUUUAAAUUAGAAAAAAGAAAUAAAUCUGGUUAAGCAGUAAGAGGAAGCUCCGGCACCAGAGAUAGCAGAUUGCCUUGGGAAGCUGUGGAAUCUCUAUCACUGCAGGCUUUUAAGAACAGUUCAAACAAGUAUCUGUCAGAAACGACAUAUGAUACUUCCUUGGGGUAAGGAUGGGGCCUGGACAGACUCUUGAGGUCCCUUCUGGCUGUGUUUGCUGAUUGCUAGAGAUUAGGGUUACAAGGUGAAUUGGGACUGGCUAAUAGUGAAGGUCUGAGCUAGAAUCUGUCAUGGAAUAGGGAGUAGGAGAAUUGCUAACACUGAGGGUUGUGUAGCAUGGGAACUUACUGGGGAAUUCAGGGGAGAGCCCUUCAAGCAAGGCUAACAAAAUGGUCUCAGUAUUUUAAACAUUCAGCUCUCAUGUGAUUUGCUCUUCUGAGGCAAAGCAUCUCUACAGACCCCAGCAACUGUGGAACCUACGAUUUAAUGGCUGUGCUGGUACACAGAAGUGUGAACCGCAGAGUGAACAGUGCUGCUCACCUUUCCGUUUUGCUUUUCUAAAACUGAGUUACCAUUAGCCUUUGAAGGACCAUCAACUUCACUAUCCUUAUUCAAUGCAGAGAAGUACUUCCCAAGUUGGUCUCUUGUCCUUGUUGCCGAGUAAGGGUAUGGCAAUUAAAAUAUAGGUAUAUUGUGUGCACAUUCAAGAUAUUUUUUAAGUUUGUAGUUCUAGUUUUCAGCUAUUGCAGCACUAUCUGGAGUGAUUUUAAUGACAUUCUGCCCUGUGAGGUUAGUUUACUCACUAGUACCACACGCAGUUUUAGUAGUGACAAAGUCAUUCCAAAUCAGUAGCGUGAGACUGAGCUGUUUUAGUUUGAUCAGUGAAGCAACACUGAAGGCUAGUCUAGUAUUAUAGUGGUGUCUAAAGAAAUCUAUGGUGUUGGACAGUCUCUUUCAUUUGCUCUCCCUGUUCUUCUAAAGGGAGACUGCUUCUCUCUCUUAAGAGAGGGUUAUUAUAAAAGGCUAUUUUGUGUUUCAGAGUAUUCACCAACCUUAUGCUUUGUAUUGCAUAGACAUGAAAUGACUUCAAGUGUGGUGACAGCCAGCACCAAGGGUACAUUGCCAAGGAACUGUAUUUAGCAGAUUGCCAUGGUCUGAUUCACAGAGAACAAGUGCCCCUUUAGAUACUUGAAGGCCACUGUCAGCUCUCCCUGGAGCCUUCUCUGCUCCAGGCUGCACAGCCCCAGCUCUCUCAGCCCGUCCUUGUGGAGGAGCAGUUCCAUCCCUUCAGAAAACUUUAAGGUAAAAGAGUAGGGUCGCUGUAUUAUUCUUUCCCACUCAUUAUUUUAUGCCAAUAUUUGGGCAUACUUAAGAUACACAUCAGUUACAAAAGUGGAGACUCUAUUUUCAGGUUUUCUCACGUGUGGUUUAACAGAACUAAAACAACUUUCUCAACCUGGUAGUUACUAUAAGCAGGGGAAAAUAAACACUGAGAACAAUUUGUGCCGUUUUUCUAACUUACUGAUAAGCUAUAUCUGAAAAUAAUUGUAAAUAAACCUUCACAUCUUUGGUUUAUUUUUCUCUACUUGCUUCUGACCAAUUUGGUAAAGUGGAUAUUGAAACAGCUCUGUGCUGCAUACAUAAAUGUUGCUAUUGUGUAGUCAUUUAAUUGUGGUAACUGUGUGGUUCUUUGGAUCUC